GCCAAACUCACUUGCAUGCACCCUGCAACGAGGACAAAGCGAGGCGGAGAGGUUCGACGCUCUUCCCAUGGUCUGCAGUGAAGUCCUCUCGCCGGUUCCCUGACCUGGACCGUGUCUCUUCUCCAGCGUCUUACAUCGAUGGAAGUGGAAGACUGGGGAAUGCUGUUUAUUGGCAUCGUCUUGUCCCCUCUCUUCAUCAUCGUAUUGCUUCUCUGCAUUGUCGCAUUGCUUUUCUUCAUCGCCGCAUUGCUUUUCUGCACCGUCUUCCCACGUAUCGCUUGUAUCAUUGCACUGGUUAUCAUCGCAGCUAUCCUAUUCCAAACUCCCAGCGUCGACAAUAAUGGCGGCAGUACAUACAAACGGCGGUCCCGUUUCUGGACGUAGUGCCAGUGGGCCUUCAGUUCCAUCUCCGGAUGCAAUCCCGACGCUCGACACAGCGGCGAUCUGGGAAAUGCUUGGUUUGAUGAAGGGCAGUCUGGCGACCAUUGGCCAGCAAUUUGAUACCUUGGAUGAACAAUCCGCGAAAGUAGACACAUUGGGACCGACCAAGGACUCUUUGAAGAAGCAAGCAAAAGAUUUGCAAGAUGAGAUGAAGGCAGCACAAGAAAAACGAGACAAGGGCAUAGAGGUCUUCAAGAACGCUGUCAAGGACAAGAUGAAAGAGAAGAUUGCGAAGGAGAUGACACUUCACAUCAAAGAGCAGAUUCGUCAACAGGUCAUCGCCCGAGUCGAAGUCGACAUGAAAGCCCAUAUUUCCCAGCAUCUGCCUAUACCAUUGAAAGUCCAGGUGGACGAAAGCCGAAGGCAAAUCAACGAGGUUAAACAUGCCUUCCAAAACUCCGAGGCGAGGCGGCAAAACUCCAGCUUGAGGACGUACAACCUCGACCAGUCUCUCGCGGAGGUUCUCAAGUUGGACGGCAAGAAGUCUACUCUGUGGCCUGGGAAUUUGCGAUCUCUGUUCAACUACAGCGCCGCGCAGGCACAAGGUCUUGCGCACGACUACGGUCUCGGCGGGCAGAUUGAUGACAGAGAAAGGAACAUCAAUCGCUUCAUGGCGCAUAUCGGUGUCUCCUUCCCGCUCCAUUGGGUGAACGUAAACGCUGGCGCUUGACCUUGACUGCAAUACUUAAGUGUGGCGUGGGGCGAGCAUCUCUUUUGUCGGAUCGGUUACUGUGUUGUAUUUGUAGCUUCGCAGACGAGUUGUACGAGUCAUGUUGUAUCUGUUGGGGUAAUGUAUUUCGUUCUUGUGUCAGGCCCGGAAUGUAAAGUGGGAUUAGCAGACGCACCUUUACAAACGUACAGAGCUAGCACACUCAUACCGCAGGGCUGCCUUCAAGUUCGGGAUCGGGGCUCAGUCCAUGACGCUGGU